GCGCGUCUGUCGAGGAAAGCGGGUUUCCAUUUCAAACCUAAAUAGUCCGGAGGACGGGCUAACGUUUAUACUCGGUAGAACAUAUUUCGCGCUAAGCAGUAGAAAUUCAUGUAGCGCAGAAAUUGUUCUCUUUUUUUUGGCUGCGGGUUGUUUCCGUUGCUCUGAAUCCAAAGAAGAAGAAAGAAAAAAAUCGCCCGCUGCGUCUUCGCUCCAAUUUUUCCGCGCCUGAACCAUGCCGAGAACCAACAGGCAAAAGGAAUACAAACCUGGAGACCUGGUGUUUGCUAAAAUGAAGGGGUAUCCACACUGGCCUGCUAGGAUUGAUGAACUACCCGAAGGAGCUGUGAAGUCACCCUCAAACAAGUACCAGGUGUUCUUCUUUGGGACACAUGAGACGGCUUUUCUGGGGGCCAAGGAUCUUUUCCCAUAUGAGGAAUGCAAGGAGAAAUUUGGAAAGACCAACAAGAGGAAAGGCUUUGCUGAGGGACUCUGGGAAAUUGAGAACAACCCCACUGUCACUCACGAAGCCUACGAGUCGGCAAAGAACGAGAACUCAUCGGAAGCUACUGGAGACAUAGGCGGCUCAGAGAAGGCCAACACCGAGGGCAGCAGUGACGAAGAGGAGGGGACUCUGAUCAUCGACGAGAAGAACGAGAGGGGAGGGACUAAACGAAAAGCAGAGGAGUCCACAGAGGAAUCUCCCAAGCGGCCAAAGAUUACAGAGGAAGAAGGCGAAAAGCCCAACACAGAGGCCAAGCUCAAUGAUGUGGAAGGAACCAAGGCAACAGCGCCUUCCUCACAGAGCGAGUCGAAACCGGAAGGCCAGGAGAAAGCUCCAGCAGAGGCCCAGCUAACAGCAGAAAAGCCUGUAACAGACAGCGCUUAACGUCGACUCAGAAGAAAACCAACAACCCUCAAUUCUUCUCUCUGAAAUUCAAGGCUUCGAAAUAAACACCUGCAGAAGGCCAGA